AUGUCGUUCGAUCUCUGUUCAAGUCCGCGUCGUCGACCGUUUCUAAAUGCCAACCUCCCCCGUCUCUCAACCGGUCAUUGUGAUGGACGCUCCCCCAGCUCCCACACAACAGUUCGCCAUGCUACGCUGAGGAAGGAAGCUACCUUUCAUGUCUCCGCCUCUCCGUCGUCCGCAGAAAGUGACCCUAUCCUCCACUUUCCUACCUUGCUUCGUCGUUCUCCCACCAGCCCCGACACCCUCCAGGAAGUCAUUACUGCUAGUGAGAGACGAGUCGCAGGCUGGCUCGGCAGCAUUGAGUGUAACUUGGCUGGCCCCGGGAACGAAUCACUAUUGAAGCAGAGCUCGGUCAAAGAUGCUGAGACAAAUACCCAGGCUCCGCGAGGUCUGAACGCUCGCCUCACCUCUGCUAACCUAAUGGAAAUCGACUCUUCGUUUAGGAAUUCAGCGAAAUCUGGCUCCCCCGUAAAGGAGAGAGUCCGUGCCGAGCUCUCUGACAGCGGUGUUGGUUCUUCUAUAGACGAAGAAAAAGGCACAUUAAAGCGGGACCAUACUGGAACUAUCCAGGCUAGUGCUCGUGAAUCACUCAUACCUUCUGGUGCUACCCUCAGCCCCGGGGGUAAAAGGCAGAUCCAGCGUCACAUUCUUAUCCCACUUCUCAAGGAGCAACGCUUGAAAACAUUCCAGUCUCUAGUUAGAUCGGUGCCACAGCGUAUUCAAAGCAACGAGAUCACCUGUCUCCGAGACCUUGAGAAGACACUGUUGUACUUGGCUCCCCAACAUACCAUUUCAAGGUCAUCAUACCUCAGCUUCUGUGAAUUUACCAUUCAGUGUGUACACACCACUGUCGGAUAUCUCAACGACCGCGACCAGCGUCGUCCUGCAGACCGUCCUUAUACCAACGGAUAUUUCCUUGAUCUUGUUGAACAAAUUCGCCAGUACGCUGCUAUGAUCAGGACGGCCCGGGAAAGCCGUUCUGCUACCUCUACCCGUGACGACCUUGGCUAUUCUUCUGGUGAGGAACUUGUCCUCGAAGGCGGCCUUGCAAGCACCGGCCGUCCAGCCGAACUUGUCAGGAAAAAGAAAGGCCAGGCCAUCUCUUUGAAAACUGGGGAACCAUUCGUGGAACAAAAACCAGUCAUCCCAAGCUUGAAGCGCGCUUCUAGUAUGGAGAACCAGGAUAGCGUCAUGCGCUCUAUGGCGCGACGCAAGAAGGAUGCUCCACCAAUGAAUAUCAACGAGAAAUGCAAGCAUUGUGAUAAAGUUUUCCGUCGCCCCUGUGAUCUUACUAAGCAUGAGAAGGUCCAUACCCGACCAUGGAAGUGUCUCGAUACCAAAUGCAAGUAUUAUCAACUUGGAUGGCCGACUGAGAAAGAGAGAGACCGUCAUAUGAAUGACAGACACACCAAGUCCCCAAAGAAAUAUAAAUGUCUCUACCCAGGGUGUACCUAUGACACCAAGCGUCAGAGUAACUGUAAGCAGCACAUGGAAAAGCUCCAUGGCUACAAAUAUAUUCGAUCGAAGAACAAUAGCAAGGCUAGUCACCAACUAUCCCCUCAGUCAACGCCGAUGACGACAAAUAUCAAUAGCCCACAGGCACCCUCUAUUGAUAUCCCCACCCCUCUAAGCGCGACAGCCAUGUCUCCAUACUUGUCUCCGUAUGAACGGCUGUCUUCCCCUUACGAGCAGCCCGUAUCUAGUGGAACUCCAAGCAUCAGUGGCCAGAGACCUGUCGCUUAUGCUCCAAGCCCUGGUGCUUAUCCUAUUCAGAGUCCCGGUAUCUGUGCACCGAGUGAAAUUGGACAGCAGAAUACUACUCCUGAUGACUUCAUGCUCUUCCCUGACUCUACAUCUCUCAAUGAAUACAACACAUGCCACGAUGAAUUCAAUGCAUUCUAUGCAGACCUGCAAGCUGGAGACCCUUACGAUGGUCUACCACAGCUUGACAUGAACCUCCCCUCUGCUUCAUCAACUCCAGUUGGUAACCUGACCACUGGGUUUCAGCCCCAGUCACCACCCGAUCUCAUUGGAAGUAAUGCGGACCUAGAUUUUCACUUUGAUGUCACCGAAAAUGAGUACACGUCCAUGAAUGUCCAGCUUCUCAGCCCAGCGCAAUCAAUUGAAGCGCAGGCCAUGAAAUGCAACUCUGAGCCUGAAAACCUCUGUCUCCCACUCCCUGCCUUAGAGCAGAAUUCUAACAUAUCUCCAGCCGGGCACGGUAAUGUCAUGCUCUACUCCCCCGCAUCAUAUGAUGGCGACGAGGGUUUCGACGAUGGCUUUGAUUGUAUGAAAAUGGAUAUGGGUAAACAACUUGGUGACUUCACUCUCUUUGGUGGCCAUAAAGACAACAUGUGCUCUUCUGGCCUCCUUGGAAAUAACUCCGAGACUUGGAGUAUUUCUAGCAUGUUCCCUCCUCUAGGCACGUUGAAUGACCAGUUGAAUAAUGCCGAUUGGCCCCAACAGUUGGGUUCUAGAGAUAUGGACAUCGACUCGAUCAUGGAAAUGGAUGAUUCAUUCUAA